AUGUAUGAAGAAGAAUAUGAUGAUUUUCCUUUUUGUUUGUUUUAGGGGAUUCGAAUGUAUUUGAAUGGAGAUUCUUCACAGUUUACAGAUUUGAAGAUUGCUAAUAAAAUACAAGAUGGAGAGACAUAUAAAUAUAAGUGGAUUAGAGAUUUGGUAAAUUUAAGGAGAUGA